AUGCCCGCCCACCACGAGUUAUUUCCACAACGAAGUGUCUCUGGACAACGUGGCUGUGCCAGGCCAAGGGCCUUUUAUCCAGAGAGAUCGCCCCUCUCAUCCAAACCAUCCUUCUCAGCUUCCAUCUCUCUGAUCUUAGAGGUAUGGCAUCACACAUAUACAGCGUCUACGCCCUUCAGCAUCCCAUCUCUCUGGUUUGCAUCAUCCUCUCCAUGUGUGCUCGACGAUGGCUUCUCUCUGAAGCGGAUGGUUUGGGGACACUUCAAGCUCACCUCCUACUGGUCAGAUUCGUCUGGGGCCAAUGUUUGUCUAGGAUGGCUGCUCUGGAAUGUUAAUCAGCCGGCUUGGCUACAUCUCUGCAGGGAAGACGAGAUCCGGGAUCAAUCGAUAGCUAUGAGUUUUGCGGCACAGGAGAGCACUCGUACUCUCAACCGUCAGCACCAACACUUCUCCAAACAAUCCAAUCAGCGACAUAUAAGCCCCAAAACCGGCCCCACCACAAACAGCACCCACAGAUCCCACCACAUAUGCACCCACUUCCUAACCGCCGCCUCAACGAUUCAGCGCCCUCACAAGCCUCCUCGAAAACACCUCCACCUCCUCCAUCUCGCCCACACCCAUCUCCAUCACGCCCCACUGCCCCUCGGCGCCACACACAGACUCCUCCCCAUCACCCCCCGCUCACACACGACCUCGCCGCCGCCUCCACCACAUCCUCCACCAGCGCCCUCUACCAGCCCCGCCAGCAUCAUCCGCCCACCCAGCGGCAAAAUCGCGUAUCCACAAAAUACGACACACAAUAUUCAUCCGCACCCCGUCGCGCGCGGGACGGAUACAGCCUUAGCGAGCGGAAGAAGCCGAGGCCGCGUGCUUGCUCGCGGAAUAUACCGCCAUCGCGGGGCCGGCGGCGAACGAGGCGAGGCUGCCGAGGAAGAGGAGGUGGCGGUCCUGCCUGCGGGCGUGCUCUUGAGGUGGUGGAGGGCGAGGCGGGCGGUGAAGAUUGCGCCCGUUGAUGUUGAACGUCGAUUGUUGUUGUCGUGGCCGAUCUCGCCGACGCCGGCGUUGGCGAUUAUGGUGUUGAGGUGGCCGGAGGGGGAGAGGGCGAGGGCGGAGCGGAAGAAGGGCGCAUUGGGAGGGGUAGGAGACGACGUCGACGUGGAGGAAGUGCAGGCUGUGGAGCAGGCAGACAGAGGCAUACCCGAGCGGUGCGAACCGACGCAGCAUACCCUCGCCGAUACCGCUGGCGCCGCCGGUAUCACGAUGGUGCUGCCCUGGACGGUGCUCUCGUCGUACGGCUUGCUCAGGUCAAUGGGCGUCUGCGAGUACAGGGCUUCGGUCGGGCGUGAGGCCGAAGGGAACCCAACACCCAACACCCCCAAUUGCAGCAAUGUCGAUGGCCUCCAGAGCUGUCCCCAGGGCCCGUCUCCCUCUCCCUCUCCUGCUCCGCCCGCCGACCGCCCGCCCGCUCUCCUUCCUGCAACCGCCACACCCGCCGCCCCCGCCUCCCCUACCUCCUCCGCCGCCACGCCCCGCCGCAAACCACGCCCCUCCCCCGCCUCACGCUCCACAACACCGGCAACCACCCGCGCCUCAUCUCCGACAAGACGCGCGAAUACCUGCUCCGCGAGUCCCUCAUCGCCGCCCGCAUCGUCGUCGUCGGCUACACCGCAAUCUUCGCCACAACUGUCCUCAGCCUUCGCCGGCGCCAUGCUCUACGUCGAAAGCACGCACCCAACACCGCCCGCGCUGCCCCCGCACCGCCCGCCUCGGGAUCACACUUCGCCCGCGUGCUCCAGCGCUUCACGAGCCAGGCAAUGGCUCGCCGUCGAGGUCCUCCGCGACACGGUGCAGCGCAUGCCGGCCUGGGAGGGCCAGAGCGCGCAGUGGCGGCGCGGGUACAUCACGGCCAUGAAGCUCCUUGCCGAGCUCCUCGAGGAGGAGGAUCAGUAUGCCGAGGCGCGCGAGUGGUAUCAGCGUAUCCUGGACACGCCGCGGGAGAGCGACGAUGCGGAGUGGGCGGACCUCAAGGUCGCUGCUGCGCUCCGGGCUAGCAGCAUUGCGGCCUUUAUGCCAGAGGCGUUGGAGAUCUUUACGAGGGUGUUGGCGGCAAGGAGGAGGGUGCCGCCGCCGGCUGACCCUGCUGAUUCAAAGGCUGCGGAGGCAGUCAGUGAUCCGUGUGCGGAGGCUGUGACGAUGGCUUACAUUGGGGAGGUCAUGUUUUCCAUGGGGGACCGCCAGCAGGGAGUUGCGUGGAGUAAAGAAGCGUAUGAUCGGAGUGAGCCAUUGGCGCAGUUGCGAGGAAAGUGCAAGGAGUGUGCGUUGGUUGCAGCAAAGAACAUCGCUGCUAUGAUUGAGCUUAUGGAAGAGGGGCAGAAGGAACAGAAGGAGAAAAAGAGCAGGUGGAGCUUGUUUUCGGGGGCCAGUGGAGCGGAAGAGAAGGAGAAUUUGGAAGAGUGGGAGAACAGGGUGUUGAGGCUGGAAAGUAUUCGGGCCACGAAAGGGGCUUAG